AUGGGAGCAUCCAAUCUGGAUAACCUGGCGUCAGGGCCAGAUGAGAAGUCUCCUAUCGAGCGGAAGCCUGUCGAGAACGUAGCUCCUGAGGAGCCCUCCGUCGAACGAGCCCCGACACUACCCCCGAGACCUGUAUCUAUUCAGUCCAAGAACGAUGAUCUCGACGAAAAGGCCCUGGAGGCUGGAUACGACGAGAAGCUGCCUCAACCGAACAACGGAUUCGCCAUACAUCGCAAGCCCGUUUCUACCAAAACACCUCCUCAGUCGAUCAAGAUCGACAAGUCGCAACCCGAGGACUUUGAGGGCGAGGUAGCCACCACAAACGAGCUACCUCCUCCUGAACUCAUCAAGAAGAUCGAAGACUACAUCGUUCUAGACCGACAUGGAAAAUCGCAUCCCUUUUCGAGCCUAUACACCGGUAGCAAUGUUGCCCGACGCGUGCUGGUCAUCUUUGUCCGGCACUUCUUCUGCGGCAACUGCCAAGAGUUCCUUCGGUCUCUGUCUGAGGCCGUAACCCCCGAAGCCCUCCUCCGACUCCCCGUCAGCACCUUCAUUGCAGUGAUUGGCUGUGGCGAUCCCGCCCUCAUCGACAUGUACGUCCACGAGACAAACUGCCGCUUCCCCGUCUACACGGACCCAACAAGGUCCCUCUUCCAUGCCUUGGGCAUGACCAAGACGCUGCAGAUGGGCGCGAAACCGGCUUACAUGCGCAAGAGCAUGACACGGAGCAUCGUCGACAGUAUUGUUCAGGGUGUUAAACAACUGCCUACCGGUAACGUCCUGAAGAUGGGUGACCAGCGCCAGGUUGGCGGCGAGUUCCUCUUUGAGCCGCGCAAUAUCCUAACGCCGGUUACAACACCGCGCGACGAAAAGUUCCAGCCCAUGGACACGCUAGAAGAUCCUCAAGAUUCAGCACCAGGGCGCGAGAACGGCAGGAGAAAAGAUUACGGGGACGAGGAGAAGAGGGUGACGUGGUGCCAUCGCAUGAAGACGACGCGCGACCACGCCGAGAUCCCAGAGCUCAUCGAAGUCCUGGGCCUGGAUGUUUCCCGGAGCGCUGGCCGCAACUCGGUAACGUCCGCCCGCAAGGGCAAGGGCCAGAGCAUGGCUGAGGAGAUCCGGAAGCUGAGCGCUGAGAGGUCUCGGUCGCCUGAGACAUGA